UCUGGGUUUGAGGGAAUUGAAAACCCAUAUCGGGGUUUUUGUUUUUCUGGCGUUUCUGAAGGAUUUCAACUAGGGUUGGGUUCUACUGCUCUGAUUUCUUACCAAUUCUUGCAGAAAUCGGCUGUUUCAAGAGGGGAUUAGCUCUGUUCUCUGCUGAUUUUAUCUUGGUUUUUAGGAAAAUUGCAAACCCAUCUAGGUUUUCUUACCAGUUCUUGCAGAAAUUGGCUGCUUCAAGAGGGGAUUAUCUCUGUUCUCUGCUGAUUUUAUCUUGGUUUUGAGGAAAAUUGCAAACCCAUUUAGGAUUUCUUGGAAAACCGAACUAAGGUUUGCUCUUUCUUGAAGAGAUUAGCUUUGAUCAUAUCUUGAUUUUUAUCUGAGUUCGAGGCAAUUGAAAUCCCAUAGGUGUAGUGUUUUACAAGCAUUUCUGCGGAAUUUCAUCGAUCAUUCCUUCUUGGAUAUCUUGCAAAAUUCCGCAAAAUCUAGCGUCUUCAACAGGAGACUAUAUUCGCUUGCUGCCGUUUCUGUCUGGGUUUUAUAGCAAUUAAAAAAUCAAAUUUGGGUUUGGGGUUUUACAUUAUUUCUGCAAAAUUCCACCUUGAUGCAAGGGCUACUCCUUCGAUUUCAUUCCAACCCUGCUGAAUAGUCGAAAGAUUCGAAACCCAUCACAUAAUCACAGCGAAUUUUCUCUGUAUUCGACUUGCUUCUGUGAACUCUCUGCAUGGCUGCAUUACGUUGGUCUCCGUAGCUGUUUGUUCUUAGCUAUCCUCCGGUCGCCCGAUUCCAAAACGGAGAGAUCUCAACCCUCUUUGAUGGCAGGGAUGGUCCAAGAUGAUGGAUCGUCCUCUGUAACUUCGUCGUCGCCUCUGCAAUUCUUCACCCUCAUGUCAAUCUCCCCAAGCCUAGGAUCUCCCUAUCCAUGGCUCCGUGAGCUCAAAUCGGAGGAGCGUGGAUUGUGCUUGAUCCAGCUCCUCCUAUCUUGCGCCAACCAUGUUGCCGCCGGCAGCCUUGAGAAUGCAAAUAUCUGCCUCGAGCAGAUUUCCCUUCUUGCCUCACCUGAUGGCGAUUCCAUGCAGCGGAUGGCGGCCUAUUUCACUGAGGCCCUUGCAGGCCGCAUCCUCAAGUCAUGGCCCGGCCUCUACAAGGCCCUCAAUUCAACAAGGAUCUCUUCCAUCUCAGAAUCGAUCCUCAUCCGCAGGCUCUUCUUUGAUCUCUGCCCGUUCCUGAAGCUCGCAUACGUGGUGUCAAACCAGGCUAUCAUAGAUGCCAUGGAAGGGGAGAAGAUGGUCCACAUCAUCGAUCUCAAUGCGGCUGAGCCGGCUCAGUGGAUUGCUCUCAUCCAAACGUUGAAUGCGCGGCCAGAGGGCCCGCCCCAUUUGAGAAUCACAGGCAUUCAUGAACAGAAGGAAGUGCUGGAACAGACAGCAAUGAGAUUAACUGAAGAAGCUGAGAAGUUGGACAUCCCAUUUCAGUUCAUUCCCAUCGUGAGCAAAUUAGAGAAUCUUGAUCUGGAAAGCCUGCGCAAGACGGGUGAAGCGCUUGCAAUCAGCUCUGUCCUCCAGUUGCAUCUGUUGAUGGCUUCAGAUGACGAAACCCAACGUAAAACCCCGCCAUCGGCCAAGAACCCAAGCGCAGCCCACCUGCAAAGAGUCCUUCAGAUGAACCAGAGCACGUUGGGCGAACUGCUUGAGAAAGAUUUGAUCAACGGCCACAGCCCGAGCCCUGACUCUGCCUCAUCAUCGCCAUUCUCGGCAAGGAUGGAGAGCUUCCUCGCAUCGCUGUGGAACCUAUCCCCAAAGGUCAUGGUGGUGGCUGAGCAGGAAUCAAAUCAUAACGGAUCGACAGUGAUGGAGAGGCUACUAGAGGCUUUGUACUUCUAUGCUGCCCUGUUCGAUUGCUUGGAAUCCACGGUGUCAAGGACAUCGGUUGAUCGGAUGAAGGUUGAGAAGAUGCUGUUCGGGGAGGAGAUAAAGAACAUCAUUGCUUGCGAGGGGGUUGAACGGAAGGAGAGGCAUGAGAAGCUGGAGAGGUGGGUCCAGCGGCUAGAUCUGGCAGGGUUUGGGAGAGUGCCGCUGAGCUACUAUGGGCUGUUGCAGGCGAGGAGAUUGCUGCAGAGCUAUGGCUGUGAAGGUUAUAAAAUCAAAGAGGAAAGUGGUGCUCUCUUAUUUUGCUGGCAAGACCGCCCCCUCUUUUCGGUUUCGGCAUGGCGGUGUAGGAGGUAUGAUUGAAUUCUGUUUUUGGGUUUUCUUUUUCUUUUUCUUUUUUUUUCCUUGUAAAGGAUUGGAAUUGUUUUUUUUUUUUUUUUUUUUGGUUAUCUUGAAAUGCAUAACAUUUUUGGAGUUUGAAUAUCGUGUUCUUAAUAUCUUGCAUUA